UCACAAGACCACAUAUAUUUCUAUUGCGCUCAGCAUAACACAAUUGGCCCUUUGAUACUUUGGAUCCAUACUGGUGUGUGUUGCAGGAAAUGGGCACAAUGAGUGAAUUCACAGCCUGGGAAUGUCAUGUCACAAGUCCAUGUUUGUGAUUUCCAUGGGUUCUUAGUCUCUGGGAACAGAUGAUCCAGCCUGGUCCUGUCUUGGAAGGGAUGUCUGCCUCUCAUUAAUUCUGGUGCUGCAUCAUCCAAUAUGAAUGCAUUGGAUUCUUUAUCCUAGAAAUUACUAUUGAAUAAUGGAGAACUUUUUAGAUUAUGCCUAUGUGAACCUUGCACGGGUGUGGAUCCCGGAUCCCGAAGAAGUAUGGAAGUCUGCCGAAAUACGAAAGGAUUAUAAACCGGGGGAUACGGUUCUGCAUCUUCAUCUAGAGGAAGGCACGGAUUUAGAAUAUCGUCUGGAUGCCAAGACAAAGGGGCUGCCACCACUAAGAAAUCCAGAUAUCCUUGUCGGGGAAAAUGACCUUACUGCGCUCAGUUACCUUCAUGAGCCGGCCGUCCUGCAUAAUCUAAAAGUGCGCUUUAUAGACUCCAAGCUAAUUUACACAUAUUGUGGCAUAGUUCUUGUAGCGAUAAACCCUUAUGAACAGUUACCCAUCUAUGGCGCCGAUAUCAUCAAUGCGUACAGUGGGCAGAACAUGGGGGAUAUGGACCCCCAUAUUUUUGCAGUGGCAGAAGAAGCAUAUAAACAAAUGGCCAGGGAUGAGAGGAACCAGUCCAUCAUCGUGAGUGGGGAAUCCGGUGCAGGGAAGACUGUUUCUGCCAAGUAUGCCAUGAGAUAUUUUGCCACGGUCAGCGGCUCUGACAGCGAGGCAAACAUAGAAGAGAAAGUGUUGGCUUCUAAUCCAAUCAUGGAGGCCAUAGGGAAUGCCAAGACUACUAGAAAUGAUAACAGCAGUCGUUUUGGAAAGUACAUAGAGAUUGGAUUUGAUAAGAGGUAUCGGAUUGUUGGUGCUCACAUGAGGACAUAUUUACUAGAGAAAUCUCGUGUGGUUUUUCAGGCAGAGGAGGAGCGAAAUUAUCACGUGUUUUAUCAACUGUGUGCAUCAGCUUCAUUACCGGAAUUCAACCUUCUUAAACUGGGGAGUGCCAACAGUUUCCAUUACACAAAGCAAGGAAGAAGCCCAGUGAUUGAUGGCGUUGAUGACGCAAAAGAACUAAGAAAUACACGGCGAGCCUGUUCACUAUUAGGUAUUGGUGACCAGUACCAGUUGGGAAUCUUUCGAAUUUUAGCUUCUAUACUUCACUUUGGAAACGUGGAAAUUAAAUCUCGAGAUGCAGACAGUUGUAUAAUUUCUCCAAAGCAUGAACCUCUGAUUAUAUUUUGUGAUCUAAUGGGAGUGGAAUAUGAAGAGAUGUCGCACUGGCUCUGCCAUCGGAAGCUUGUAACGGCCACCGAGACCUUUAUCAAACCACUCAACCGACUGCAAGCUACCAAUGCUAGAGAUGCCUUGUCCAAACAUAUCUACGCAAACCUCUUUAACUGGAUUGUGUGUCACGUCAACAAAGCCCUACUGUCAUCUGCCAAACAGAAUUCAUUCAUUGGAGUCCUUGAUAUCUACGGGUUUGAAACAUUUGAGAUAAACAGCUUUGAGCAGUUCUGUAUCAACUAUGCCAAUGAGAAGUUGCAGCAGCAGUUCAAUCUGCAUGUGUUUAAGUUGGAACAAGAGGAGUACAUGAAAGAACAAAUCCCAUGGACCUUAAUUGACUUUUAUGACAACCAGCCCUGCAUCAACCUCAUAGAAUCCAAAAUGGGUAUCCUGGACCUACUUGAUGAAGAAUGUAAGAUGCCCAAAGGGUCAGAUAACACAUGGGCCCAGAAAUUAUACAAUACCCACCUCAAGACCUGCCCGUUGUUUGAAAAACCACGUUUGUCUAACGUAGCUUUUAUUAUCAAGCACUUUGCAGACAAGGUUGAAUAUCAGUGCGAAGGCUUUCUUGAAAAGAACAAGGAUACGGUGUUUGAAGAGCAAGUUAAAAUCUUGAAAGCCAGUAAGAAGUUUAAAUUGCUGACUGAACUGUUCCAAGAAGAUGAGCAGAGCACAAGCCCCACAACGGUGACAACCUCGGGACGCACGCUCUUAUCCCGCACAGGCCUGCGCAAGCCAAAGCCUGACCAAAAAAGCAAGGAGCAUAAGAAAACAGUUGGCCAUCAGUUUAGGAAUUCUCUGCACCUGCUGAUGGAGACACUGAAUGCCACAACCCCACACUAUGUGCGCUGCAUCAAGCCAAAUGACUUCAAGUAUCCAUUUACGUUUGACUCUAAACGGGCAGUUCAGCAGCUGCGGGCUUGCGGAGUAUUAGAAACCAUACGCAUUAGUGCUGCUGGAUUCCCUUCCAGGUGGACAUACCAAGAAUUCUUUAGCCGAUAUAGGGUGCUGAUGAAACAGAGAGACAUCCUUAGUGAUUGGAGGCAAACCUGCAAAAAUGUCCUGGAGAAGCUCAUUUUGGACCAAGAUAAGUACCAGUUUGGUAAGACAAAGAUUUUUUUCCGUGCCGGACAAGUGGCCUAUUUGGAGAAAAUAAGAGCAGACAAAUUAAGAGUGGCCUGCAUUCGAAUCCAGAAAACAAUUCGUAGCUGGCUAUUGAGGAAGAAGUACUUGAGAAUGAAAAAGGCAGCUAUAAACAUUCAAAGAUACGUCAGAGGCUACCAGGCAAGAUGUCUUGCCCAGUUCCUGCGCAGAACCAGAGCAGCAAUCCUCAUACAGAAGUUCCAGAGAAUGUAUGUGGUUCGGAAAAGAUAUAUACAUAUACAGUCAAUUACACUUCGUCUUCAGACUUACCUUCGGGGCUAUGCAGCCAGGAAAAGAUUCGAACAGAUGGUCAGGAUACACAAGGCGACCAUCAUUCAGAAGCAUGUCCGUGGCUGGCUAGCUCGUGUGUCUUACAAGAGAAGCAUGGAAGCCUUAUUAUACAUCCAAUGCUGCUACCGCAGGAUGAUGGCCAGGAGGGAGCUGAAGAAGCUGAAAAUCGAGGCACGCUCUGUCGAACACUACAAGAAACUCAACUUUGGAAUGGAGAACAAAAUCAUGCAACUGCAGCGUAAAGUUGAUGAACAGCACAAGGACAACAAAUCUUUGCAGGAGAGGCUGACCCACCUAGAGAUCACCUACAGCAAUGAGAAAGAUAAGUUGCGUAGUGAUGUGGACCGCCUUAAACAUAUUGAAGAGGAGGCAAAAAAUUCUGCUAACCGGCUGGUUACUCUGCAAGAUGAACUUGCUCGGCUUAGAAAGGAACUACACCAGACACAGACCGAGAAGAAGACCAUUGAAGAACAUGCAGAUAAAUACAGGAAGGAGACUGAGAAACUGGUUUCUGAGCUGAAAGAGCAGAAUGCAUUAUUGAAAACGGAGAAGGACGAGCUGAACAUCCGAAUCCAGGAACAGGCUAAGAGGAUGACUGAGGAUAUGGAGAAAAAACUACUGCAAGAAACAAAAGAACUGGAACAUGAGCUGAAUGAUGAGAGGUCGAGGUAUCAGAAUCUGCUCAAUGAGUUUAGUCGUUUGGAGGAGCGAUAUGAUGACUUAAAGGAGGACAUGAGCUCCAUGACCGUUCCAAAACCGGGACAUAAGAGGACCGACUCCACCCACAGCAGCAACGAAUCAGAAUACACCUUCAGUUCAGAGAUUACGGAUUUAGAAGACCUAGCUUUCCGUAAUGAGGAACCAAUUGAUAAGAAGGCUCUGGACAUGUCCCUGUUUCUCAAGCUUCAGAAACGUGUGAAAGAACUGGAACAUGAAAAACAAAUUUUGCAAGACGACUUGGAUAAAAAGGAAGAACAGCUUAACAAAUCCAAAAGUCAGGAGGCAAAGUCACCAAUUCGAGGGACAGAACUGGAAUAUGAAUCUCUCAAGCGCCAAGAACUGGAAUCUGAGAACAAGAAGCUGAAAAAUGAGUUAAAUGAGCUCAGGAGAGCUGUCACAGACAAGGCCUCCCCAGAUCCCUCAGGACAUGGGGGUCAGGUCUAUAAGGUGCUCUUGGAACAGAUGACAUCAGUCAGUGAAGAGCUGGAAGUGAGAAAAGAAGAAGUACUCAUUCUGAGAUCGCAGCUAGUGAGCCAAAUGGAAGCCAUUCCACACAAGGAUGAUAAGAAUACAAUGACAGACACGUUGCCCAUCUCUGAGGAUGUUCAGAAGAUGAAAGACCGAAGGGAAAUUGCGCAGGCUUAUACAGGCAUGAAAGAAACCAACAGAACCCUACCUCAAGACUUCCAUAUGCUGAAUGAGGACGGAGAGCUCUGGCUGGUGUAUGAAGGGUUAAAACAGGCCAACAGAGUUCUAGAGUCACAGCUCCAGACUCAGAAGAAGAGCUAUGAGAAUGAGUUGGAAGCUCUCAAGGGAGAGGUCCAGGGUCUACGGGAGGAAAACAACCGCCAGCAACAGCUACUUGCCCAGAACCUGCAACUGCCUCCUGAGGCUCGAAUUGAAGCCAGUUUACAGCAUGAGAUUACCCGGCUGACCAAUGAGAAUCUGUAUUUUGAGGAGUUAUAUGCAGAUGAUCCCAUGAAGUAUCAAUCGUACCGGAUUUCACUUUACAGACGGAUCAUUGAUCUAAUGGAGCAACUUGAGAAGCAGGAUAAGACAGUCAGGAAGCUGAAAAAGCAGUUGAAAGUAUUUGCAAAGAAAAUCGGGGAGCUUGAAGUUGGUCAAAUGGAGAAUGUGUCUCCUGGUCAAAUAGUAGAUGAACCUAUUCGUCCGCUCAAUAUACCACGUAAGGAGAAAGACUUCCAAGGAAUGCUGGAGUAUAAGAAGGAGGAUGAACCAAAAUUAAUUAAAAAUCUUAUAUUGGAACUAAAGCCCCGUGGUGUUGCUGUGAACCUUAUUCCAGGAUUGCCGGCAUAUAUAUUGUUUAUGUGUGUGCGCCAUGCUGAUUACCUCAAUGAUGACCAGAAAGUUCGCUCUCUUCUCACAUCAACAAUUAACGGUAUUAAAAAGAUCUUAAAGAAAAGAGGAGAUGAUUUUGAAACCGUGUCCUUCUGGCUUUCCAACACCUGCCGAUUCCUCCAUUGUUUGAAGCAGUACAGCGGAGAAGAGGCAUUUAUGAAGCACAACACAACCAGGCAGAAUGAUCAUUGUCUAACAAACUUCGACCUUGCUGAAUAUAGGCAAGUGCUGAGCGACCUGGCCAUCCAGAUAUACCAGCAGCUUGUCCGAGUGCUGGAAAACAUCUUGCAGCCAAUGAUUGUUUCAGGAAUGCUGGAGCAUGAAACUAUUCAGGGUGUCUCAGGGGUGAAGCCGACUGGUCUGCGGAAGAGGACGUCCAGUAUAGCCGAUGAAGGGACAUAUACCUUGGAUUCCAUAGUAAGGCAGCUGAACACUUUCCACUCGAUAAUGUGCCAACAUGGCACAGAUCCAGAGCUCAUCAAGCAGGUGGUGAAGCAGAUGUUCUACAUUAUUGGUGCGGUCACCCUCAACAACCUGCUGCUGCGAAAGGACAUGUGUUCAUGGAGCAAAGGGAUGCAGAUCAGGUACAAUGUAAGCCAGUUAGAGGAAUGGCUGCGAGACAAGAAUCUGAUGAACAGCGGGGCCAAAGAGACCCUUGAACCCUUAAUUCAGGCUGCCCAAUUGUUACAAGUGAAGAAGAAAACAGAUGAAGAUGCGGAGGCUAUCUGCUCGAUGUGCAAUGCUCUGACCACUGCUCAGAUUGUGAAGGUGUUGAAUCUCUAUACCCCUGUAAAUGAGUUUGAAGAAAGGGUACUGGUGACGUUUAUACGCAACAUACAGUUGCGUCUAAGAGACAGGAAAGACGCUCCUCAGCUGCUAAUGGAUGCCAAGCACAUCUUCCCUGUCACCUUCCCCUUUAACCCAUCAUCUCUGGCUUUAGAAACAAUUCAGAUCCCAGGUAGUCUCAGCCUAGGUUUCAUCGCUCGUGUGUAAAGAAAGCCACACUGCCUCAUAUCAUUUUGGAUGUGAAUCACCCAGACAUGUAAGCUGCACUGAAAGCAUUAUGGAGUCCACCACUGCAUCCCUAGAUACAUGACUUGUACACCUUCUGCAUUUUGUAUAUCAUGUAUAAGACUGAUAGAAAGAUGUCAGUUGGUACGCAUACAGUGGAAUUGUCCUUAAAGCCUAUUGUUUAGGUAAUUUGCCUUGAUAUUAAAACGCCAUUCUGGGUCACCAGUUAUGUUCCUAAAAUAGCCAUUCCCGUCCUAAUAGGAGAUAGACACAGGUUACAUGUAAUGUAUUUAAAUACAUUUUCUUAGUGUAAUUGCGUGAUUGGCUGGAAGCAGAAAGGAAGCUACACGUUCUUGUGGUAGACUAUAUGGUAAUCGGUCAUCUCAUCACUAUAGGUGUAUGAAUACCUGUGUACACUUGUAACAAUAGCCAGACCACAUCAUUAUUUAUGUUAAAAGAAUAAUUCUAUAAAAGUAUUGGAUGAAAAAAGAAUUCAGCUUUACUUGUAAUGUAGAUGAUGUUUAUUUGUUAGCACCGUGGUUUACUAUGCAUAUAAAAUGUGCUGCUGUGUUUUUUGUGUUGCUCUAAUGUUACGAUAUCCGUAUUCGGCACUACACAAUAAAAUAUUCAUCUCUUUAUUAUCCGGUAUGUUUACAGUCCAAUGUGAUCUGUUUAUUAGGGUAAGCCACAGAAUAGGCUGGAUUCCUUAUCUCUGGAAACGAGGAACAGGCACCUUAAGCACAUAUGGAUUACUGAUAAAAAUUGCUGUUUUUAAAUAAAAUAAAUAAAAUAUAUAAAAAAAAUAAUAGAAGCCUUAAAGAACAAAUAGGUUCUCGUAAUAUAUUGUUAAAGGUUAUGUAUAGUCUUUCCUGGCAUUUUUUAAGUCUAUUUGAGUGUUUCAGUUCAAAACAGUAUUUUUUUUUUUAAAUCUUUUUUUGCAGCUGAUGGUUUUAAAGAUGUUUACUGUGUUAUUGGUGAUUCUUUGCUGUAUUACAUAUUGUUAUUCAGUGCUUUUUAUUUAUUUAUUACCCCGGUAGUACAGAAAAUAGGAGGCUUGUAGUGGGUCCAUUAAUUCACUAAUGGUAAAUGAGUUAAGAUGAAAGGGUAGAUACAGUAUUCUUUGUGCGUCACUCACUGCUACUGAUCAGCAUGCAGAAAAAGAGGCUGUACUGCAGCAGAAAGCAUGACAUGUAAGUGCAUGUAAGGACAUUAUUAUACAUUAUUAUACAGAGUAAUGUGGUGUAGACUUCACCCGUCCACUGCAUUUACAGUCUGCCUUUAAACUGAUUAGAGCACUGCAACAAAACACAAAAUGGUGAGAGCUUGCAGCACUUAAAUAGAUAACCUAUUGGUAGGCGCCCACGUUGGUGAGUACUCUUUAAGGAUCACAUAGUGCACACUGUCACCUGUACUACCUGGCACACAUAUUCCAUAUUUCUGAUUCUAAAGAUCUGUUCUACUUUACAUUUAAAUGUAAAAUAAUUUGACAAUAGACAGGAGUGUAAAUUGACAUCAUUUCACUGAUCGGCUACUACCUAGGCCAGCAGGGUAUGGGGUGCAGCACCAAGCCUCAAAAUUUUGAAACCGUUUUCCUCAUUUUGUUUUCCUGAACAGUUGUGGCUAAAUUCAUAAAGAAAAUGUAUGGAGUGCUGGGAAUAUUGUUAAAGGAAUAUAAAAUUAUCUCUCCUUUCUCAUUUUGUUGAUAUGAGAAGCUGAAAAGUUAGUAGUUUUACUAAAAUUCUCACAUGCCACAGGGGGUGGAUCUUGUGCAUAUAGGCAUCAUCUUAUAUGUGUCUUUGGGACAGCAUACUAUCUAAAUAUGACCCUGGUUAUAGGUAGAGGCUUGGAGGUUCAGCCACACACUGACUUGGCAGCUCCAUUGAUAUUGCCAUACUUCCUGAGUUUCUCCCUUCCCACUUUAGGGUAUCACGUCUUCUGCUACAAUAUUGCAUUCUCUAUAAUAAUAAAAACAAUUAUAAUUAUAUAACUGGAAGACUGAACCCCCCACAUAAUGGCUUCAUCAAGUUUGCAAACCCAGGAGCUUGAAGCCAAACUAAACUCUCCAAUAUAUUUACCUCCGCCUUCCAGCAACGCAGUGCUUACAUCCAUUAGUGGCCGCUAUCAACUUAUCCCUAGUCCAGAGUUUUCAGCCUCUUGAUUGGCUGGCAGAGGAUGACCUCAUUCUGAACAUGGGCAUGGGAGUCAGGUAGUUUGGCCCAAUCAGAGUGUUCUGGGAAUGUACAUUGAGCUAAGCUUGUGCAUCUCAGUAUACAUUCAAUAAAAAACUGCAAACAGGCAGGUAAGUGUGUAAUAACGCAGAAGAGACAUAGCAUACCUCUUUUACAAUAAAGAGCUUUCUGCAGUUUUAUAAAAGUUAGGUUUAGUUCUGCUUUAAGU